AUGUCUGCCAUCCUCACAACGCUCGGCCUUCGGGCCGCCCCUGGCCAAGCAGCCGCCAGCCAUGCCUCCGGCUUCCUGAUCGCUAACUGGGUCUGGGCAUAUUGUCUGAUGAGCACCCGUGGUGAUAAGAUUCGUCUCGGUAUUGACAACAAUGUCUGUCCCCGUGAGGACUUGACGACCUUGGGUGAGGCUGCUGUUCAGGCUGGAAAGUUCAGCCGCGCUACGCUCAACAAGCUCAAGCGCCGCGAAGCAGCCCAUGCGAAUGCUCAAGAGGGAUACACCUUGUUUGUUGCGUCGAUUCUAAUCUCGCUGUUUGCUGGUGUCCCCAAUGAGACCAUCAACACUAUUGGAGCUUGGUAUUCCAUUUCUCGUGUUGCGUACAGCUUGCUUUACACUCACAUCACCUAUAAGCCCACCAGCUACCUCCGCUCUGUGGCUUGGUGGUCUGGUAACAUCAGCUGUCUCUAUGGCCUGGUCGUUGCCAGCAAGAGGCUCUGA